AUGAUUCCCGGCCAUCCUUUUCCUCCGCUGAUAUAUGCCUUUGCGCUUACCUACUAUGCCUCGAUUCUCCUCAAGCCAAAAAUAGCCAAUGCAGGACAGUCGGUUGACAAUGACAUUGCUGCAAAGCAUUCUUCCUCGAAGGAAGCAGAAAGAGAAGGUUCGAACACCUAUUGGAAUAUUGUGAGGGGCGGCGCGUUCGGACUGCCGUCGCCAUCAUGGAAAAUAUGGAACACAGUGAUAUUAGCUGUCAAUGCGUUCCUAGUUUUGGGAACACUAGACGUUGUCUAUAGAGGCCCCGUACUCUAUCCGAGUCACGAUCUCUCUUUCGCACGCGUUGGUCACGUAUCUGGAACAACGGCAAAGAUAUUGAUCCGCGAGCCCGAUCCCUCUCGGUUCCCUCUACAUGUCUCUUACCACGCCAUACUCUCAGAGCCAGGUCUAGCAGACCCUUGGAAACCGGGCGGCACGAUUCACGAAACGACAGCACAUACAGAUUACACUUCUGUUGUCGAGGUUGCUGAGCUUGAGCCGGCCACCACAUACGAAUACAAGCUCACAAAUAAUCAUACCGGCUCUUUCACUACCGCCCCACCUCUUGCUGCUCGAGGCAAUAAGGUCACCUUCCUCACAACAUCCUGCAUCAAGCCGAACUUCCCAUACAACCCGCUCUCUCACCCGCUCCACAUUCCUGGUCUCUCCCACCUCUCGAACGUCCUUGACAUCCUUGCCAGACAAUCUUUCAUGCUCUUCCUCGGCGAUUUCAUCUACAUUGAUGUUCCGCAUCGACAUGACAGCGAUCCCUCAACCUACCGCGCAGAAUAUCGUCGCGUCUACUCCUCUCCCUUUUAUCAAGCCGUGUCCUAUUCUCUGCCCUGGAUACAUGUGAUCGACGACCAUGAAAUCGCAAAUGAUUGGGACCAAGGUCUAUCUGCACCCUAUCCUGCAGCCAUUGAUCCGUGGAUGCAUUACCACCACGCCGCGAAUCCGCCUUCUGUGAAGAGUAACCGGACAUACUACACUUUCCGCAACGGUCCCGCAACAUUCUUCAUGCUUGAUACGCGGAGGUAUCGUUCCCCUUCAACGGCGGCGCCUGCAACCGAUGCGGCAAAGACGAUGCUGGGCAAAGAGCAAUUGGAUGAUCUACUGGCAUGGCUUGCUCGCCCCGAGCCGGUAGGCGUAAAGUUCAAAGUCGUCGUCUCGUCUAUCCCGUUCACGCGCAAUUGGAGGAUUAAUGCGCAAGACACAUGGGGUGGCUACUUAGUCGAGCGCCAAAAAGUCCUGCGGGCGAUGUGGGAGGUAAAUAUCAACAAGCAAAAGCAAGGAAAUAAGGUGAGGGUUAUUGUGCUGAGCGGUGAUCGGCAUGAGUUUGCUGCAACUCGCUUUCCGCCACCGCCAGAUUUCCAGGGCCAAGGUGAAGAAGAAGGAAGUAAAGACGUCUUUGAGUUCAGUACGAGUCCACUAAGCAUGUUCUACCUGCCUUUACGUACAUACUGGGAGGACAAAGAUGGAGGUGGCAUGGAUUGGCAAGAGUGGGGACGAGAUAACAUGGUUAAGUAUAUACCAGACGGCAAUAGCAAGGUGGCUGCCAUUGAAAUGGAAGAUAUCGAGGAGACAGGUCAGGGACUCUGUAGGUUCAGACUGUUCGUAGAUGGGAAGGAGGCUUGGAGCUACGAGAUCACAUCGGGCUAG